GGCGGGGCGGGGCCGGUGCCUCCCCCUCGGCCUCCGCCCGGCCGCCGCUGCCCGCGGCCGCGCACGGCGGGCACCGAGAGGGGGGCCGCGGGCCCAGGCGCUGCCCCGCCGCCGAGGCGGAUCGUAGAUAGCAGUGCCGCAGCCCUGUGCACGGCGACGACGAAGCCAACGCUCUCCUCGCCUUACCCGAGAAGCCCCUGACCUGCCGCCGCCCCGGAGGGAUGCCCAGCGCCUCUGCUCCGGCCCUACCGACGUGGCUGUCCCUGGGCAGAACCCGCACCUGCAGCUUGUCACUGGCAGUUGUAAAUAAAAAGGUGAUCCUGUAGAGUGGUGCUGUCUUCGCAGAAAAUUUAAAUGUCUUCAGAAGACAAAGAAGCUCAGGAGGAUGAGCUGCUGGCCUUGGCUAGCAUCUAUGAUGAAGAUGAGUUCAAGAGAGCCGAGUCUGCACAAGGAGGAGAAACAAGAAUUUGUUUGGAAUUGCCUCAGAACUUCAAAAUUUUUGUGAGUGGCAAUUCCGCAGACAGCCUCCAGAAGAACGGGUUUGAAUACACCGUUUGCUUUCUGCCUCCCCUCGUGCUGAAUUUUGAGCUCCCACCAGACUACCCAUCAACCUCCCCGCCUGCCUUUACUCUCAGUGGCAAAUGGCUCUCCCAAGCACAGCUCAGUGCUCUUUGCAAGCAUUUAGACAACGUAUGGGAAGAGAAUCGAGGCUGUGUGGUUUUGUUUGCCUGGAUGCAGUUUCUGAAGGAAGAAACACUGAGUUACCUGAACAUUUCCUCCCCAUAUGAGCUAAAAAUGUGCCAUCAAGGGAGUGCGCAGAGUAGGACACCUUUGGUCCCUCUAGACGCUGAGAAGGAUUGUGGUGGUGCAGCAGGCUCUGCAGCAGCUGAUGAAGACAUCAUCGAUGAACGAGCUGUGCAGGAUGUGGAAUCUUUAUCAAGCCUGAUUAGGGAGAUCUUGGACUUUGAUCAGGCUCAGAGAAGAAAGUGCUUUAACAGUAAGAUGUACUUGUGCAAUAUCUGCUUCUGUGAGAAGCUGGGCAGUGAAUGUAUGUACUUCACCGAGUGCAGCCACGUCUACUGCAAAGCCUGCCUGAAGGACUACUUUGAAAUACAGAUCAGGGAUGGUCAGGUCCACUGCCUCAACUGCCCCGAGCCGAAGUGUUCUUCUGUCGCUACUCCUGGCCAGGUUAAAGAGUUGGUUGGAGAGCAAUUGUUUGCACGUUAUGACCGCCUGCUUCUGCAGUCUAGCUUGGACUUGAUGGCAGAUGUAGUGUAUUGCCCUCGCCCAGGCUGUCAGACACCGGUCAUGCAAGAACCAGGUUGCACCAUGGGCAUAUGUUCCCGUUGCAACUAUGCUUUUUGUACUCUCUGUAAAAUGACUUACCACGGGGUCUCACCGUGUAAAGUAACUGCAGAGAAAUUGAUGGAUUUGCGUAAUGAAUAUUUAGAAGCGGAUGAGGCAACUAAAAGAUUUUUGGAACAGCGCUACGGCAAGCGAGUGAUUCAGAAAGCCCUUGAGGAGAUGGAGAGUAAAGAAUGGCUAGAGAAGAACUCCAAGUCUUGUCCUUGCUGUGGUACUCCUAUAGAGAAACUAGAUGGUUGUAACAAAAUGACGUGUACUGGCUGCAUGCAGUACUUCUGCUGGCUUUGUAUGGGUUCUCUGUCAAGGGUGAACCCAUACAGGCACUUCAAUGAUCCAUCUUCCCCGUGCUUUAACCGAUUGUUUCAAGCUAUGCAUAUUGAUGGUGAGUUCUGGGAAGGUGAAGAUGAAGACUAGGAGCCUUCUCUAGCAGCAAAAGCGGAAGAAACCAGAGACAGAUGCUUUCCGUUCUUGUGUCCAGUCUGUUUGAUUUUUCAGUACCAUUGUGUGAUAGAAGAAUGAUGCUACCUUGCGCUACAGGAAUCUCGUACAACUCUUCAGAGGCUGUUGUCAGAACCAAAGGAGACCGUUUUACCCAUCUGGUGGACAGGGUCACCACUGAAAGUCCCUAGUAAUCACAUCCAGUGCUAAAGCAGAUGCAGCCAGACAGAAGUUUGAAAAUAAAUGGGAAAAUCUGUA